ACUAGUGGGUUCUUAUAUCAACUCUGUGGACUUAUAUGUCUGGGAAGGUGGGAAUGGGCCUCAGAGGUCUUUAAGCUGUCCCUACCCCCAGUUUUGUAUAUGCGUAUCUCUGCCCUUCUCUGGGGAGGGGGUUCAUUGAAGUUUCAUUUGGUUCUCAUGAGGGUCUCUGGCCCAGAAGAAAAGGCCCAUGGCCUGUAUCUAAGUUACAGUAUUUCUGUUUUAUAACAACUCUUCACUCCAUGAGCUCUCCCACUCUCAUCUAUGAGUCACUCACUCUGUUCCUUCUGACCCUACUCUCUUCACUCCGUGACCUCCACUCAGCCUCCAUUACCCCACUGUUACCUUCUGUCCAAAUCUCUCUCCUUGCCCCUACAUGUCCCACUGCCUUCGUCUCUGCCUACCACUGUGCCCUGUACUCAUCUUCCCCUUGCCCUCUGUGAUGCCCCGUCAAUAUCACACACACACACACACACACACACACACACACACACACACACACACACACACGCCGUCCCCCCACAUUGAUCCACCUUCUUCCCUGGGACAGUGCCUAGCCUACCUUGUUCCUGGCUUUCUUCACCCAUGACCUGUGCGUAUGGGAGAGAGAGGUUGAGGAUGUGGCAGUAGGGGAGGAGAGAAGAGUAGGGAAAAGCAGAAGAAGAAAGUGAAAGAAGCUCUAGAGGAAACCACAGUAGAGGUCAUUGCCAUAGUAACCUCUGAUAGUGGGGGAAGGGUAAAAAGUCCCAUAACCUGAGGCCAUCUGAAGCCCACUCAGAGAAGGAACCCCUUCUCCCCAGUUGCUCCUCCCAGGAGCUAUACUCCUACAAUCCAUUUGCCAUUUACUGAGCACCUGCUCUCAGAUGGGCACUUGGCUAGGUGCUGUGGCUUCAGGCAGUCCUGCCUGCAAGGAGUGCCACUCCUGGUAGAGGAGAUGGACCUAUGAACACAGAGCAGGUCCACUUCCUUCUCAGAGUUCCCUGUGGUCAAGUGUGGGCCGGGGGCGAAUAUUUUCUACAACCCCAUCUUUCCUACAGGUUUCAUCCUUGCCCCAGCUCCAGCUGCCACCCUGACGUCUCUGCUUCUCCCAGGUGGCCUCCUCAACCCCUUUCCCAGGCUCUACUUCUGUCUUGGCUCCUUGGCCCCCAGCCUCAUGCUUUGUGUCUUUCUCCAACUUCCCAGCUGUCUGGACCUACCUUGAAUUUCUCAAAGCCUCUCCACUUUCACCCCCAUUACUUCUCAUCCACUGAUUCUCUCAUCAAGCCCUUAGUAUGUGCCAGGUUCUCUUCUAAGCAGUUGCAUGAAUUAUUUAAUUCUCACAACAAUCCUGUGAGUUCUACUUGACAGGUGAGAAAACAGCCACAGGAAGGGUAAGUAACUUACUGAAGGUCCCACUAUUAGUAAGUGAUAGAGCCAGGAUUUAAAUUUGGGCAGUUUGGCUCCAGAGCCCAUGUAGUUAAGCACCUACUACGAUACUGUGGACACUGGGUUUUCAAAAUGGACAAUAGUCACUAAUUUCCCCCUUAUAGUACUUACUGCCUCCAUAUUUCUUCCUAUUAUGUUCCUAUGUGAGGAAGUGGAGAGAUGGUCAACUUGGGAGGCAGGCAGACCUAGAUUUAAAUCCCAGACCAGCCAGUUACUAGCUAUGUGACCUGGGGCAACAUUUUUACUUCUUUCCUCUAAACCUCAACAUCUGUAAAACUCGGGGGCUGAGCAAAUAUUAACACCUAUGUCAUGAGGUUUUUUGUGAGGAUUAAUUAUAACAUCAGGAUACACCCAGCACCUAUUUGGUGCUCAAUAGAUGAGCUUCCUUGCUUUCUUGUAGAUCACCGUAUAGUCACCUCCCUUGGCCCAGUUCCACCCCUAUCUGCCCCACUUUCCAAUCAGUUACCCCCACCACCCCAAAGUCUCCCCCACCCCGGGGCGUGUCACUUCCUCCUCUGCAGCCUCCCAGAUCAGUACACAAAGGCUGCCGCUGCCGCUGGAGGAAAGGCUGCUCUGCUGGCACCUACCAUGGUGGCUUUGUCAGUGGCCCUUGUUUUCCUGCUGGUCCUGAGCAGAAGUGAAAGUGAGUUGGACACCAAGAUCUCAUCUCCAGGGGAGGCCACAGAAUGGGGGGAUCCUGAUCUGACCCUGCCAGGGUCCUGCCAGCCAGCCCCCUCCUGCCAGAAGUGCAUCCUCUCACAUCCAAGCUGUGCAUGGUGCAAGCAACUGAACUUCACGGCAGCCGGGGAGGCUGAGGCGCGGCGCUGCGCCCGGCGAGAGGAGCUGCUGGCUCGGGGCUGCCCGCCGUGGGAGCUGGAGGAGCCCCGUGGUCUGCAGGAGGUGCUGCAGGAUGAGCCGCUCAGCCAGGGCGACCGAGGCGAGGGGGCCACCCAGCUGGCGCCGCAGAGGGUGCGAGUCACGCUGCGGCCCGGGGAGCCCCAGCAGCUCCGGGUCCGCUUCCUCCGUGCUGAGGGAUACCCUGUGGACCUCUACUACCUUAUGGACCUGAGCUACUCCAUGAAGGACGACCUGGAGUUCGUGCGCCAGCUUGGGCACGCCCUACUGGUGCGACUGCAGGAGGUCACCCAUUCAGUGCGCAUAGGCUUUGGCUCCUUCGUGGACAAAACAGUGCUGCCCUUCGUGAGUACAGUGCCCUCCAAGCUUCGCCACCCCUGUCCCACCCGGCUGGAGCAGUGCCAGCCACCUUUCAGCUUUCAUCACGUGCUGUCCCUGACUGGGGAUGCUAAAGCCUUCGAGCGGGAGGUGGGGCGCCAGAAUGUGUCCGGCAACCUGGACUCGCCCGAAGGUGGCUUUGAUGCCAUUCUGCAGGCUGCACUCUGCCAGGAGCAGAUCGGCUGGAGAAAUGUGUCCCGGCUGCUGGUGUUCACUUCAGAUGACACAUUCCACACAGCUGGGGAUGGGAAGUUGGGUGGCAUUUUCAUGCCCAGCGAUGGGCACUGUCACUUGGACAGCAAUGGCUUCUACAGUCGCAGCCCCGAGUUUGACUACCCCUCUGUGGGUCAGUUAGCCCAGGCUCUCUCUGCAGCAAACAUCCAGCCCAUCUUUGCUGUCACCGGUACUACACUGCCUGUCUACCAGGAGCUGAGUAAGCUGAUUCCUAAGUCCGCAGUGGGGGAGCUGAGUGAGAACUCCAACAAUGUGGUACAGCUCAUCAUGGACGCUUAUAAUAGCCUGUCAUCCACUGUGACCCUUGAACACUCUCCGCUCCCUCCUGGGGUUCACAUCUCUUAUGAAUCUCAGUGUGGGGGUCCUGAGAAGAGGGAUGGUGAGGCUGGGAACCGGGGCCAGUGCAACUACGUCCGAAUCAACCAGACGGUAAAUUUUUUGGUUACUCUCAAAGCUACCGACUGCCUCCCAAAGCCCCAUCUUCUGAGGCUGCGAGCCCUUGGCUUCUCAGAAGAGCUGACUGUGGAGCUGCACACACUGUGUGAUUGUAACUGCAGUGACACCUGGUUCCAGGCUCCUCACUGCAGUGACGGCCAGGGGGACCUACAGUGUGGGGUGUGCAGCUGUGUCCCUGGCCGCCUGGGUCGGCUCUGUGAGUGCUCAGAGGCUGAGCUGUCCUCCUUGGAUCUGGAAUCUGGGUGCCGGGCCCCCAAUGGGACAGGGCCUCUAUGCAGCGGGAAGGGAGAGUGCCAGUGUGGACGCUGCAGCUGCAGUGGACAGAGCUCCGGGCGUCUGUGCGAGUGUGAUGAUGCCAGCUGUGAGCGACAUGAAGGCAUCCUUUGUGGAGGCUUUGGCCGCUGCCAAUGUGGAGUUUGUCACUGUCACGCCAACCGCACGGGCAGAGCAUGCGAGUGCAGUGGAGACGUGGACGGCUGUGUCAGUUCUGAGGGUGAGCUUUGCAGUGGGCAUGGACACUGCAAAUGCAACCGCUGCCAGUGCUUGGAUGGCUACUAUGGUGCCCUAUGUCAUCAGUGCCCAGGUUGCAAGACACCAUGCGAGAGACACAGGGACUGUGCAGAGUGUGGAGCCUUUGGGACUGGUCCCCUGGCCACCAAUUGCAGCAUGGCUUGUGCCCAUGCCAACGUGACUCUGGCUUUGGCCCCUAUCCUGGAUGACGGCUGGUGCAAAGAGAGGACCUUGGACAAUCACUUGUUAUUCUUCCUGGUGGAGGAUGAAGCUGGAGGCAGGGUUGCGCUGAGAGUGAAACCCCGAGAGAAGGGAGCAGACUACACCCAGACCAUUGUGCUAGGCUGCGUGGGGGGCAUUGUGGCAGUGGGACUGGGGCUGGUCCUGGCUUAUCGGCUCUCAGUGGAAAUCUAUGACCGCCGAGAAUACAGUCGCUUUGAGAAGGAGCAGCAGCAGCUCAACUGGAAGCAGGACAGCAAUCCUCUCUACAAAAGUGCCAUCACGACCACCAUCAACCCCAACUUUCGAGGGACAGAGAGUCCCCUUUGCUGAAGGGUGUAGAGAUAUUCACUCUGGGGCUCUUCUCGCUGGGAGGAUGGUGGGAAUUGGGGAGGUAGGGUCUAUCAGGUAACAGCUUGGUAGGCGACUACUCCACUGCUAAGAGUGGUCACCACCUAUUUCAUUCUGAGUGACACCGAGAGGGUUCCUUUCUGCUGCAACCUUGCUUCCCUACCUCACGAGGAGUGGGGGUUACCCCAUCCAUAUAUACAAUAAAAGAGUCUUACUUCAGA